AAUUCCCUGAACCUUUCUUUCUCUCCUCCAAUCUCGCCACCGUCUCUUCCGCCUCAUAUUAUCACGUUCCCACCACGCGUGUCCUCCCCUUUCCUCGCAUGCAUGGAUUGCUUGCUUCCUUUGCCAUCAUGGCGGCUAUGCCCACCACCUCUCUCCGCUCCCUCACCUGAACCCUUGCUCCUCAAGGAAAGCAAGCCAAAAGCAAGAAAGAAAUGCAUCCCACUCUUCUCCUGCUUCUUAUAUCCCGCUCCUCUCACUCGUACGUCCAUGCCUGUCGAUAGUCGACUGCCGACUUGCUCAAGGUGGUGAGCGAUGACAGUGACUCGCUGUUCCCCUUCACUUGCUUUGCUCCUCGUCCAUGGCCUCUCUGUCUCUGUCUUGUUGGCCUCUGCUGAUCCCCCCGGUUUCUUGAGCCUUUCUUGCGGAGGAUCGACGAGCUUCGUCGACUCCGGCAACAACAUCUCAUGGGUUCCCGACGGCCCCUACGUGACCGCCGGCAACGCCACCGCGGCCAACUUUGUGCAGGGUGGCUCCACGUCCCAGCUGCCGUUGCGUUUCUUCGCCGACUCCGGUCCGGGAAGCCGCGCCUGCUUCAGGCUGCCGGUCGGCAACCUGCCCCUCGUUCUGGUCAGGCCUCGGUUCGUUUACGGGAACUACGAUGGGAUGCAUCGGCCUCCGGUGUUCGCCGUGUCGCUCGGGAGGGCCAUCGCCGGAUUUGUGAAUCUCAGCCAAGCGGAUCCGUGGGUGGAGGAGUUCGUGUGGAGGAGGGAGAAGGGUGCAGCUCUGCCGUUCUGUUUGCACUCGGUUGCUGGCGGCGGCUCCCCUGUUAUCUCUUCUCUGGAAGUCCGCCCGCUUCCUGAGGGUGCUUAUGGAACUCGAUUGCAAGAAUUUGGGGAUAAUCUAUUGAGGAAGCGAUUUAGGAUAAAUUGUGGCUACGUCGACGAUGAACCAUUGAGGUAUCCACUCGAUUACCAUGACCGGCUGUGGGAUGCUGAUGAGGGCUUCUCGCCAUCCCAUUUGGCGGCAGCCUUCCACAUUCCAGUUUCCUUCGAUCUCACAGGCAUUAAGGAGAACCCCCCUGCUUCUGUUCUCCAGACCGCAAGGGUUUUGGCAAGAAAGACUGCUUUGACUUACAAUUUCCCACUUGACAAGCUCGGUGACUACUAUGUCGCCCUAUACUUCGCCGGAAUCAUGCCUGUUUCGUCUUCGUUUGAUGUUUUGAUCAAUGGAGACGUGGUCCACUCGGAUUAUACGGUCGAACAUGGGAAAGUUGGUUCCAUCUUCUUCAUGGGGAAGAAGAUUGAAAGCUUGAACAUCACAUUUCGGAACAACAGCUUCUACCCUCAAGUGAAUGGAAUUGAAAUAUAUGAAGUUUUGGAGGUGCCCGUGGAAUGCUCCACAACCACAGUUUCUGCGCUUCAGGUAAUUAGGCAAUCGACUGGUUUCGACUUUGGUUGGGAAGAUGAUCCGUGCUCUCCGAAACCAUGGAUGCAUGUGGGCUGCGACGGAAACCUGGUCACUUCAUUGAAGCUUUCUGAUAUGGACUUGGGAGCAAUCACACCAACAUUUGGGGAUCUCCUUGACCUUAAAAUAUUAGAUCUACAUAACACAUCCAUUGCUGGAGAAAUUACAAAUUUGGGAACCCUGCAGAAGCUGGAAAUCUUGAACCUUAGCUUCAACAAACUAACUUCAUUUGGCUCUGACUUCAACACCAUGGUCAGCCUUCAGAUACUGGAUUUGCACAACAAUAGUUUAGAGGGAGCAGUACCAGAUGGUUUGGGAAGUUUAAACUACCUUCACUUAUUGAACUUGGAAAACAACAGGCUUCAUGGUGUCCUACCUCAGUCUUUGAAAAAGGAAAGAUUAGAAGUUAGAACAUCAGGGAAUUUGUGCCUUUCCUUCUCUUCAAUGUGCAAUAACUUUUCGAACCACCCCUCCAUUCCAACUCCACAAGUGACAGUCUUUGACAUGGAGAGGCCUUUGCAUUCCAACCGCAAAACAGUAAUAAUUGCCAUUGCCACCAUUGGAAGUGUAUGCUUUGCAAUAUUGCUUAUUUUACUUGCUAUGAUUGUGCAAAGGAGACGGAGAAAAGAAGACGAUGUGAUAUCUAGAACAUCAAGAGAGAUGCAACGAUGGAGUGCAGCAAGGAUAUUCUCAUAUAAAGAGAUCAAGGCUGCAACAAACAACUUCAGGGAUGUGAUAGGCAGUGGGGGAUUUGGAUCUGUAUACCUUGGAAAGCUAUCAGAUGGAAAACUAGUAGCUGUGAAAGUACGCCUUGACAAAACACAGCUUGGUGCUGAUUCAUUCUUCAAUGAGGUGCAUCUUUUAUCUCAAGUUCGGCAUCAAAACCUUGUCUCAUUAGAAGGAUUUUGUCAUGAGUCGAAGCAGCAAAUCCUAGUUUAUGAGUACUUACCUGGUGGAUCAUUGGCUGAUAAUUUAUAUGGUUCAAACAGUAAAAGGGCAACCUUAAAUUGGGCCCGCAGGUUGAAGAUUGCUGUGGAUGCUGCAAAAGGAUUGGAUUAUCUGCACAAUGGGAGCAAUCCACGAAUAAUUCAUCGUGAUGUAAAGUGCAGCAACAUCCUUCUAGAUGCAGAAAUUAAUGCGAAGGUCAGUGACUUUGGGCUAUCAAAGCAGGUGCUUCAAGUAGAUGCCACUCAUGUUACUACUGCUGUCAAAGGCACAGCUGGUUACCUAGAUCCUGAAUACUAUGCCACCCAGCAAUUAACUGAGAAAAGUGACGUCUAUAGCUUUGGUGUCGUGUUGUUGGAAAUGAUUUGUGGACGUGAACCUUUAAGUCAUGUUGGACCUCCAGAUACUUACAAUUUGGUGUUAUGGGCAAAGCCUUAUUUGCAAGCUGAUUCAUUUGAGAUUGUGGAUGAAAACAUAAAGGGAGCCUUCAAUCCAGAAAGCAUGAAAAAGGCUGCGUCUGUUGCUAUAAGAUGUGUGGAGAGGGAUGCAUCACAUAGACCAACGAUAGCAGAAGUGCUGGCUGAGCUCAAGGAGGCAUACAGCAUUCAACUCACUUCCAUGUCAUCCGAGGCCACCUAGUUUGAGAGUGCCUUGUGAGAUUUUUCUUCGUGUGAUCAUGAGUGUUUGCCUAGUAUUUUCUCUUGUCACUGGUGAAGAUUUGCUUGAUAUUGUGGAUCUAAAGUAACUUCCAGUAGGGGAAAAGCUUGAUGGAGUGAGAAAAUUCAUUGCAGUAUGAAGAAUUCAACUCCUCUCUCAUAAUUAAAUCUGGGUUGGUGGAUGUGUAGUUUGAACUCAUCUGUUUUAAGGGCUUUAUUCUCUUUUUGAGCAAUAGAUUUGCUUGGUGUAGUAGUUAGUUGAUCCCAAGAACUCAGAUAACUCUA